AUGGAUUACCGACCUUCUGAUAGUAGUGGUACAGAUGAUGACCUACCUCCAGCACAUGCGCAUCAAAAUAGAUAUCAAAGAAGCGGCGGCAGACCUGCCGGUAAUGGCAGGCCUUCAGUGCUCAAUACUGCUCCUUUGUCAAGGGUGCACAAUGAGAUGGAAACUCAAAUCCAUCUCAUUGAGCAAGAAGCGUAUAGCUCAAUCCUCCGUGCUUUUAAAGCCCAAUCUGAUGCUAUUACCUGGGAGAAAGAAAGUUUGAUCACUGAACUCAGAAAAGAACUCCGGGUGUCUGAUGAGGAACAUAGAGAGCUGUUAUCAAGAGUUAAUGCUGAUGAAAUGAUCAGGCGAAUAAGGGAAUGGAGAAAAGGGAACAACCUACAGUCCAGUGUUCCUCAGAUGGUUCAUGAUCCUGCUCCGAGUCCAGCUGUAUCAGGAUCACGUAAGAAGCAAAAGACAUCACAGUCAAUCGCCUCGUUAGCGAUGGGACCUCCAUCUCCUGCUCUGCACCCUUCGAUGCAACCAUCUUCCUCUGCUCUAAGAAGGGGAGGUCCUCCACCAGGUCCCAAGACCAAGAAGCCAAAGACAUCAUUGCAGUACCCAGCUACAGGCAUUGCUGGAAGGCCUCAGGCUGGUGGCUUAACAAAUGAGCCAGGUGAAUCAGGAUCGUAUGACCCGUUGAUUGGACGGAAGGUAUGGACAAAGUGGCCUGAGGACAACCAUUUCUAUGAAGCUGUUAUAACCGACUACAGACCUGCUGAGGGGCGGCAUGCUUUAGUGUAUGAUAUAAACACUGCGAAUGAAACUUGGGAAUGGGUAAAUCUUAAAGAGAUAUCCCCGGGAGAUAUCAGAUGGGAAGGUGAGGAUCCUGGGGUUUCUCGUAAAGGAGGACAUCCUGGACAAGGCCGUGGAGCUCCAAAGGCCAUGGCUCGUGGUGGUCCCGCAAGUAUCCCGGGGGGUAGAGGUAGGGGAAGCUUGAAGACACAGCAACCCAAGGCACAGAACGGCAUCGGGAAGAAAGCUUUAGGCGACAUUGAAAUACUCCACACUGAUACACUAAUAAAAGAGGUAGAAAAAGUUUUUGGGUCGGUAAACCCCAACCCAGCAGAGGUAGAGAAGGCAAAGAGAGUGCUAAGAGAACAUGAACAAGCUCUUAUGGAUGCAAUCGCAAAGCUUGAAGAAAUAUCAGACGGAGAAAGUGGAAAUAUUUGA